AGUUGCUUAGUGGUGACUCCAGUCGUAAACGAGGCCUGUCCACGAAUUCAUUGGGCUCGACUUCAUCCCUCACUUCCCAGCCAGUCAACAAAAAGUCAACCCCCCAGGUGCCAAAUCAAACGGCUCCAACAAGAAAGUACCCAUUGCGUAACCAGGUGCGUUUGCUGCCUGGGAGCCAAGAGCCAGUGCCCUUGGAGGUGCCGGUGCCCCCUCCAGAAUAUUACCCUCCCACAGUACACCGUCGCUCCUUCUCUGCGGGCUCAGCCAAGUCUCGAAGCAACAGCCGAGGCCGCACCAGGGCCUCGAUCGCAUCUCCAUACCUGGCUAGCUACGAGUCAACCGCCUCUGAAAAACACCAUAAGAGUAGCAAGGUCGGUCCGCAGCCCUCUCAGCAGCAGCAGCAGUCAGGUGGGUCGAAGGACAACCUGAGGCGAAGCUCGAGAAGCAAAACAACCACGGGGUCCUGUGCCAGCAGCAGUGGCCGGCGUACGUCGCGAGGAGGCACUAAAUUGCCUCUGGCCUCAUCCUCUCAGUCGACUUCGUCGGCUGCUCCUGGUCCUUCGUCAUCCUCAUCCAGCUCUCAUCCUCUGGCCGGCGACAAUUCGGUCAUCAUGAACGCAUCCUCAGGAGGGGACAGUGGUGGCUGGGAAGGACUGGCAGAAGCAGCAGCCUCUUCGGCAGCGAGGGCCACGUCUCCGCCGCUUCUCCCACCGCUGUUGUCUGCGUCGUCCAGCGGAGGACCGUCUCUCCUGGCCACAGCAGCAACCGCAGGAUCCGCUCAGCAGGGAGGAGCCGCCUCAGCCAGCAGUGCCGCUGCUGCGGCGGCCACGGCCGCCGCAGCGGCCGACAGCGAAAGUGAUGACAGUGAGGUGGGCCUCAGCUGCACUAGCACGUCUACCAUGCUCCUGCAGUCAAACUCAAGCGGCAGCAGCAGCCAAUUGUUGGCGCGAACUGCAAGCUCAGUCGGUCGCCUGCAGGCUUUGCUGGAGUCAAGAGGUCUACCACCACAUUUGUUUGGUGCACUCGGUCCCAGGAUGCAACACCUCUUAAACAGGGGGGGCAUUGGGGUGAGUGGAGGCUCUAGCAGCUCCAACUCUAAGGUGCAGCAACUACUCACUGGACUCCAGAGCACUGAUGAAACUGUUCAACUCUCGGCCGUAAUCGAAAUGUGCCAAACGCUGGUAAUGGGCAAUGAGGACACGCUUGCUGGUUUCCCCAUCAAGCAGGUCGUGCCUGCCCUGAUCAAUCUUCUCUCCAUGGAACACAACUUUGACAUGAUGAACCAUGCUUGUCGAGCUCUCACUUACAUGAUGGAAGCUCUCCCACGGUCUUCGGUGGUUGUUGUUGAUGCGGUCCCUUGCUUCCUUGAGAAGUUGCAAGUUAUCCAGUGCAUGGAUGUGGCAGAGCAGAGUUUGACUGCCUUAGAAAUGCUCUCAAGACGUCAUGGCAAGGCCAUUUUGCAAGCUCGUGGCGUCUCUUCCUGCCUGAUGUAUCUAGACUUCUUCAGCAUCAACGCCCAAAGAGCUGCCCUGGCCACCACUUCAAACUGCUGCAUGAAUCUGCACCAAGACGAGUUCCAACUCGUCUCAGACAGUUUGCCCGUGUUGGCUUCACGCCUCACCCAGCAGGAUAAGAAAAGCAUGGAAACGCUGGAAGCCGGCAACAUGAAGACAGCUAAAGUAGUGAUGCCGUCAGUGGAUCUCAGCUCUAACCGUGACCAACAUUUCAAAGGCUCUCGCACGGAGCAGGAGCGAUUGCUUCACAACUCCACCACCAUGUACAUAGGCAAUCUGUCGUUCUACACCACUGAGGAGCAUAUCUAUGAACAUUUCUCCAAGUGCGGGGACGUAAAGCGAGUUGUCAUGGGCCUGGACAAGUACAAGAGGACUUCCUGUGUGACUACUGUUUCAUAGAAUACUACAACCGUGCUGAUGCCGAAGCCUGCAUGAGAUACAUCAACGGCACCAGGUUGGAUGACAGAAUCAUUCGGUCUGACUGGGAUGCUGGGUUCUCAGAAGGGCGUCAGUAUGGCAGAGGAAAGAUUGGCGGAAAG